AUGAAGACACUUUAUGGGCAAAUCGAUGAUGAGAGAAUGCUUGCUCAAAAUCAUCUCGAGAUGCUUAAAAACGCGAAUACGAUUAUGAGUUUUGCACCAAAAAAAACGUUCUCAAUUGGCGAUUAUACAGGGAUUUCUUUUGAUGUAAUGGAUUUCCCGGAAAUUCUCCCGCAAUACGCCGAGAUUCGUUUCCGAUUUGCGCACGCUUUUGAUGGAGAAGUGUUAUUGUUUACGAAAAAAAAUGUAAAUGAAAUGGGCUGUCAUCGAAAGGGUCUUUACGUGAAUUUCAACGAUCUUGGAUGGAAAGAUUGGGUGAUCGCGCCUGAGGGUUUUCAAUCAUUUCUGUGUGACGGCGGUUGCUCUUUCCCUCUGCACAAUAAAAUGAAUGCGACAAAUCAUGCGAUUGUGCAAACCCUCGUCCAUCUCUUACAUCCACAACGUGCUCCAUCACCGCGUUGUGCUCCGUCAAAACUCUCUCAACAAAAAAUCAUUUUCAUUGAUAAUUCGGAGAAUGUUGUCCUUAAACGAUACCAAGAUAUGAUUGUUCAAGAGUGUGGUUGUCAA